GAAGUCUCUGUGGAGACCGACGCGACGUACUGCAUCGACGGCCCCAUCUGCAGCGGAUCGGGUGACGCGCCUGCCGGAACGCUUUGCCCCGUGAAGGGCGCAGUGGCCGUGAAGGAUUGCCACGACAACCUCCCGAGCUGGACGGGGGCUGGCACGUGCGUCGCACCGUCGGACGCGGUGUGCGCCAAGAUCAAGACUGGCGCGUGGGGCUGCGUGUACGAAUCCCCGACUUCGACUCCGUGCCCGACGCUCGCUCUUGCCACCGAGAGCUCGGACGCUACCCCCUGCCCGACACUUGCGCUG